AUGGGUCACGCAGCAGAAGUUGAAGUGGCAGGAGGAGGAGGGGUGGGGUUUGGAGGAGGGGAACGAGAGCGCGCUUUCACAUUGCUGCAGCCGCCGCCGCUGCUGGUUGGUGCGUCUGUGGGAAGGUUCGGGGAAGGAUCAGCGGAGGUGAAGGAGCAAUGGGGCGAAAGGGACAGGCAGGGAGCGGGGAAAAGGGUUGGGGCGGAGGAGGGUCUAUUGGUGAGGAAUGUGGCUGGUUCUGUCUGUCAGGAGAUUUCUGAGGCGCCUCAAAGGGCUGAAGCCGAGGAACGGGCUGGAGCAGAGGAAGCGGGUGGAGCAGAGGAAAUAGCUGAAGGGGAGAAAGCGGAUGGAGCAGAGGAAAGAGUUGAAGGGGAGGAAGCGGAUGAAGCAGACGGAAGGGCUGAAGGGGAGGAAGUGGAUGAAGCAGAGGAAAAGGCUGGUGGCCAGUCUCUAGAAGACAUGUCACCAUCGCACUCUUCCUCCUGCUCCACACUCCCCCUCACUCGCUCUCCUCUUUUAGCCACCGCCACCACCACCACCGCAGAAUCCAUUCCCCCUGCCGCAUCCCCGUCCCAUUCUCCCACCCCGGGUGCACUUCCUUCCCUUUUUCCGUUCCCCUUCCCCUUCCCCUUCCCCUUCCCCUUCCAUCUUCCUCCAUUCUCUUCUGAGACCACCCCUUCCUCCUCCACCUAUCCCUCUCGCCUUACCACUCCAGCCCUCCUCCCACUCCCACACUCCUUCCUCAACACCCCUGCUUCCACCGCCCACUCUCUACACCGCCCUUUCCCCUUGUACCGCCCAAUAUCGCCCUCAAACCGCCGCUCUCUAUCCUCGAAAACGCCUUACAGUCCUUCCUCGUCGACCCUUUCUCCCGCUCUGCCUGCACUGCAAAGUGCAGCACCAUCCUCAUCAGCGGGUUUCCAAGCUGGUCCGGCCGCAACAGCAGCUGUAGCAGGCUCCAGCUGUAGCAGCGUUCCCGCCAGCGCUGCUACAGCCGGGUGCAGAUCGGCAGGCUCCGGCUGUAGCAGCGUUCCUGCCAGUGCUGCUACAGCUGGGUGCAGGUCGGCAGGGUCUGGCAUGGCAGUGGGCAGCAGCAGGAUGAGCAGUUUUAGCGAGUUUAACCUGCCUCCAAACGCUCUGGACGAAGAGAGGAACCACGCGGCAUGGCAUGGGGCGCUGAGGCUCAGAGGCGGCAGCAGAUAUGGCACUGCCAGAUGUGCCUCUGCUGAGUGUGACACUGCCAGCUUGGUGGGGAACAGAAGUAGUCUUCUGGCGAUGCUGGUCUCGCUACAGAAGUCUCGCUGUCAGCAGCAGGAUUGUGAGGCCCCUCGACACGAGAGCCAUGUUGUAGAGGGGGCCUCGAUGGGGAGAAGGAAGGGGAGAAGCCGGGGAAGAAGCAAGAGAAGUCGGGGGGAGCGGUCAGUGAGGAGUAAGGGGUUGGUUGGACUGAUUGAGGAAGAGGAGGAGGGAGAGGAAGGGGAGGAGCGAGAGGAGGGGGAGGAGGACAGACAGGGGGAGAGAGGGAAGGAGGAGGAAAAAGGGGAGUGUAAGGAUCUUCAUAGCCUGGUGCACGAAUGGCUGGAGAUGGAAGGAGAGGCUGAGCUGGCGAGUGGUGAUUCGCCGAUUCUGGACAUUAUAACGCUCACGGCGUUACUGGGGGCUGCUGGGGUUGGGGUGUCGUCCAGACGGGAGAAGUGGGAAGAGAGACAGAUGGGCGUGGAUUCGAAGGGAGGAGGGGUAGCAUCAGCCACAGCCUCCCCUCACCGCCCCCUCUCUGGGCCCCUGACUGGGCACAAGCGGAAAAGAAACGGCCUGCCACUGCCCCUCCAGCACUCUGUGGGCCUGGGAAGCGUGGGCAGGGAGAAGGAGUUGGCUCACCAGUCCCCCUGGUUGCGUGAGAGGGAGACAAGUGAAGAGUGUGUGGUGUUGCUGCCGCUGGCUAUGGCAUGCGGGGGAUGGGUUGCAAGCCCUGCUGACUAUGAAGCAGCAGUAGUAGUGGCAGAGGGAGCUGAUCAGCUCACUGCAGGCUAUGCAGCGGCAGAGGUUGAUUCUGAACAGGGGCCCUUCGAGUCGACUCAAGAGGGGUUUGCUAGCCCUGCUGACUGUGCUGCUGCCUCGGAAUUGUUUGAUUUAGCUCGGGAGGGGUUUGCAAGCCCUGCUGACUUUGCUUCUGCCGAGGAUUUGUCUGAUUCGGCUCAGGAGGGGUUUGAAAGCCCGUUCAGCAGCGAACAAGUAUUCUUUGAGGCGUCUGAGAAGGAUUGCGAGUGUGCAGAUGAUAAUAACGAGAAAGAGGUGUUGUUAGAUCAAUCGGCUGUUGUCCUCUGUCCAGAGGUUUUUUCUUUUGAGGGUGCUGCUGAUGCUGGAAGCGAUGGAAGGGGGAGAGCAGGAGGAGGAGCCGUAGAAGGGAGUGAAGCAGGAAAGGGAGAUGAGGCUGCAGUAGGAAGGUUUGAGACAUCUCAGAACUGUAUUUAUACCAAUGGCAAUGGAAAGAUGGAGUUUUUAGGUUCGGAUGUGAGAGGGGUGGAGGAAGGGGACGAUGAGAAGGAGAGGGAGGGGACGGAGUGGAGAGAGGAGGAGAAUGAAAGGAUAGGGAUGGGCGUGGACGAAAUAGAGGAGACAGGGUUGACUGUGGGGGAUACAGCGGGUGGAGAGGAUAUGGUGGGGGCGAGGGAUAUGAUGGAGACAGGCAUGGAUGCGACAGAGGCUUCAGGGUUUAGUGUGGGGGAUGCAGCAGUGGAUGGAGAGGAUACGGUGGGGGGGAGGCAGAGGAUAGAGACAGGCAUGGAAGAGGCAGAGGAGCCAGGGUUGAGUGUGGGGGAAGCAGCGGAUGGAGAGGAUAUGGUGGGCACCAGGGAUCUGAUGGAGAGGGUGGGACUGGUGGACGUGCUUUUCAGGCGAAUACGGACCCAGUUGGCAGCGCGUAUGGAGACAGCAGCGCGUAUGGAGACAGCAGCGCGUAUGGAGACAGCAGCGCGUAUGGAGACAGGAAAUGACCUGUUAUUUGAAACGGUUCGGGAUUCACACACGUCGGUCAACUCAGCACCAGUCACAUCCCCCUCACCGCACCCACCCAACUUUGCCCCACCACUUGCCUCCCUGGAAACAUACCCCUCAUACCCCUCGUUAGAAGCACAUCCCUUUCUGCCAGACGACCCGUCCCUUGUUGGAACCACAUCCCAGGCUCUUUCAGACGCCAUCUCCAUCUCUCCUGAUUUGUCUUCCGCCCUCCACUCCCCCUCCUCCGAUCUCCACUCCCCCUCACAUUCCCCCUCGUUAGAGUCACACCACUCCCUGCCAGCAGACUCCCCCUCUUUAGUAUCACAUGCCUCGCUAGUAUCACUCCCCUCCCUGCCAAGAGAUGUUUCCCUCACAGCAGCCAUAUCCCAAGCCCGUUCAAACGCCAUCUCCAUCCCUCCUGACUUCGGGGCCGAUCCUCAUUCCCCUUCCUCCGCCCCUCACUCCCCUUCCUCCACCCCUCCCUCCUCCGCCCUUCCCUCCCCUUCCUCCGCCCCUCCCUCCCCUUCCUCCGCCCCUCCCUCCCCAUCCUCCGCCUCUGCCCACUCCCCCACCUCCCUGCCCCCUCAAUCGCUCUCCUUCCCCGCCACCCCUUUCUCCCCAUCCACAUGUGCUUCCUCCUCCUGUCUCUCCCUCCCCCUCUCCCGCCUCCGCUCCUUCUCCCCUCCCCGCACCCACUCUAUUCAAACCAACUCUGACCAAGCCAGUGUCCUGGCCCCAUCACGAACUCUCUCCUACCCAUCUGCAGCCACUCAUAUCUCCUCCCAUCCCUCCCCACCGUCCUUCACCACGAUCGGCACAGCACCAUUCUUGUUCCCUGUUGUGAGUGGCGAGGAAGCAGCACCUGAAGCAGCAGAACCUGAAGCAGCAGAACCGGGAAAAGCACCUGAAGAAACACCUGAACGAGGAGUUGAAGCACCACCAGAAGCGUCACCAGCACCUGAAGAAUCACCUGAAACGUCUCAGGAAGAUGCUGGUGUGUCGGCAAGUGAUCAGGCGGAGAGUGUGUUUUCAAUCUCCCUUCUGGGAACAACGGGGGAGGAGGAGAAGAUAGGAGCAAGCAGCGAGGAGAGCAAUGAGGUUACUACCAUUGCUGCCAGUGACUCUGUUCCCUCCGCUCCUACUGCAUCAUACUCUGCCACUGGGCUUAUCACGGCGCAGCCAGGCAAUCAACCUGACGUCCUACCUGAAAAGCAACCUGACGCUCCACCUGAAACAGCACCUGAGCCCGAUCGCACUGGUCCAAUAGCCGAUGUCUUCUGUGCUCCUGCCGACGGCCAGAAGCAAGCAGUACCAGCAGACUCAGUGCUGGCAGGAGCAACAGCAGCGGCAGCGGCAGUUCUGGCUGCAGUGGCGGCAGUCAAACCCUCAUCUCCCUCUCUCUCCCCCAGCAGCAGUCUCCCGAGCCAUAUCCGUGUGUCCUCCCCCCGUUUUCACCCAACGCAGCCACCCUCUGAUUACUUUCCUGCUGCUGCUGCUGGUGCUGAUGCUGCUGUUGUUGCUGCUGCUGCUGCUGCUGCUGCUGCUGCUGCUGCCAAUGAUGCUGCUGCUGCUGCCGAUGCUGUUGCUGAUAGCCCUGCUUCUGGCAAGAGGGUCAGAAGCUCCUUCAAUCUUUCGUAUCCAAGUGUCAAGCCUGCCAGUCUCAUCACCAAGGUCUUCAGGUCCCCAAGUGGGGAAACCACUAGCAAGACGCCCGUAUUCGGCUCGCGUCAGCAGCACAAACCCCCCCUUUCUGACUCGCCACAGCAGCACUCGGCAAUUAUGAAUACCAAUGCCGCCACCACCAGUGGUGCCCCCGUGACACCCACGCAAUCACCCGUGGCAUCUGCCAAGUCAUCUGUGACACCCAAGCGAUCCAAGAGCUUGUCAACAGCUGCUGCAGCUGCUGCUGCCUCCACCAAUAUUACACCCAUGACACCCAGCAGCGGUACACCCGUGACAACCACAAACUCUUCUGUGACACCCAAGCGAUCCAAGAGCUUGUCAACAGCUGCUGCAGCUGCUGCUUCCUCCUGGCUCCGCUCUCUCAAGUCCACCCUCUCCCCAUCCUCUUCCUCCUCCUCCUCAUCGGCUAAAGCAGCACGCACCAGACAGUCACGUUCCACAGAGCCACACUGGGUACAGUCACCUACUCUGGCAUCUGCUGAUGCACCCUCUACCUCUGCCUCCUCACUCGCCUCCCUCAUCUCCCCUCAUCAUGCCCCCUACCCUCCCCAUGCCCCCUACCCUCCCCAUGCCCCCUACCCUCCCCAUGCCCCCUACCCUCCCCAUGCCCCCUACCCUCCCCAUGCCCCCUACCCUCCCCAUGCCCCCUACCCUCCCCAUGCCCCCUACCCUCCCCAUGCCUCCCAUCCUCCUCCUCAACCGUUUCCUGCAUCCGCCCCUGCAGGUCCUGCCUCCGAACCCACAACUUCCUGGAACCUUCCCCCAGUAGACCUCCCUCCACCUGCUAUCGCUUUGGAUCCCAUCCCACCCCCUUUUACCACUCCUGCCCCUCCAUCUGCUCCUCCUCCUGCUCCUCCUCAUGGUUCUCUUCUCUCCGCUCUACCCAUCUCACCCUCUCCUUCCUCACCCCCUGCCGCUCCUGUCAACACCACCCCCUCCACCCCACCUGUUCGCCCAGCGUCCCCUGCUCUCAAAUUCACCCGCUUUGGAUUCACCCGGAAUUCGCCCCUUCAGAAUUCGCCCCUUCAGAAUUCGGGUGCACUGGCUGUAGCAGGAAGUGGUUCUUCAGGUGGUGCGUCAAGUGAUCAGGUGGCUGUUGCAGAACCAAUUCGAUCUCCAGUUGUAGCAGCAGCUACAGAUAUGUCAGUGGUGGCUCCAGCAGCAAGUAUCACUGCAGCAACUCCAACGGAGGAUGUAGCAGGAAAGGUUCUCCCUUCGGUUGUAAUCCCUUGUGGGGAUUUAGCAGCAGAUUCCCCUGCAUCAGUUGAGACCCAUGGGCAAGCUGUAGCAGAGGAGCCGUCCCCAGCAGCUGUAACCCCUUCCCAGGAUGUAGCAGCAGAUUUUGCUGCAAGAGUUGAGGGAGAUGGGCUAGCUGUAGCGGAGGAAAUCCCCCCUGCAGCUGUAGCCCCUUGCAGGGAUGUAGUAGCAGAUUCCCCUGCAAAAAUUGAGACUGAUGGGCCGGCUGUAGCAGAGGAGGUUUUCAAUGCAGCUGUAGCCCCUUGCGAGGACGUAGCAGCAGUUUUCCCUACAGAUUUUGGGACCGAUGGGCCAGCUGUAGCAGAUGAGUCGGCCCCUACUGUCCCGUCCGAGGACGUAGCAGCAAGUUUCCCUGCAGAGGUUGAGACCGAUGGGCCGGCUGUAGCAGUAUCAGUGGAGAUGGAAGAAGAGACGACCAUUGAGGGUGAGGGAGGUGAAGGGGAGAGAAGUGAAUUGGGGGUAAAGGGGGAAAGGGAGGAGGAAGAAAAGGAGAGGAAGGAUGGGCAGGAGGAGGAGGGGGGAGAAGUGGAGACAGGGAAGGAGGAAAAUGUGGAAGUGAAGGUUGGGGAAGCAAGCUUCUUGGAGGAAGUGAAGGAGGAGGUGAAGGAGGAGGAUGAGAAGAAGUGUGAGAGAAAAGAUGCGGAAGAGGAGGGUGCAGAGAGAAAGACAGGGUGUGAGUGGGUAGGGCUGCAGGAAAGCACAGCGGCAGCUGAAGGAGAGGAAGAGAGAGAAGAAUCAGGUGGUGAGGAGAGUGGUUAUGAUUAUGGUCACGCAGGAACAUUGGAAAGUGAGGUAAAGGUCGCUUUACCGUGCCUUUCAGAGGGAAGCAUUGCAACCACAAAACCAGCAGCAUCAGGCGUUUCAGAAGGGACAGUCACACCACCUCUAUCCUUGUGCCUCUCCCCUCCUCCAUCCACCUCCCCCUCCUCCACAUUUUCCCUUUCUCUCACUCUCGCCCUUGCUUCUCCUGACCCACCUCCGUCCCUCGUCACCCCCACACCACCACCCCUCUCGCUCACCCUCUCCCCCGCCCCACCUCCCUCCCUCACCCUCUCCCCUGCUCUCACCACCCCCAUGCCAACCCAACACAGCCUGCACAGCCCCUCACCACCACCUCCUUCCCUCGUCACCCCCACCACACCACCACCCCCCUCUCUCGCCCUCGCCCCCACGCCACCGCCCCCUUCCCUCGCCCUUUCCCCCGCCCUAGCUGCCAGGGUUGCCACCCAACACAGCCACUCACCACCACCUACCUCCCUCGUCACCCCCGGAUCACAGCCCCCCUCUCUCCCCCUCUCCCCCGCUCUAGCCGCACGGAUUGCCACUCAACACAGCCUGCACAGCCUGCAGAACCUUCGGAGCAGGCUGCAGCAGCAGCGAAUGGCGAUGCGCCAGCUGGCGGAGGAGACGAGCCGACUGCGGGGGUGGCUUGGGUGUGCUGCUAGCGGGGGAAGCAAUGGCACUGCUGCUGCUGUUUCUGGCACGGAGGCGGUUGCUCGUGAUGGUGCUGAUGAUGCCACUGCUGCGGCUGAUGCUGCUGCUGACGUGUCCUGGGUUGCUGACCUGUCAUCACCUCCUGAGUCGUUCUUAAGUGGUGCUGACUCAAGAGCUGACCCUGACUCGCCAGUCAGUGCUGACUCGCCAAGUGGCGCUGACGCUGACUCGCCAACACAUGCUGACUCGCCAAGUGGCGCUGCCGCUGAUUCGCCAACACGUGCUGACUCGCCAACUGGUGCUGAUUCAUUGAGUGGUGCUGAUGAUGCAGCGGGAGAGGAGGCUGAACGGAAUGAAGCGGAUGGAGAGUCAGGGGUCGUUGGAACGGUCGAGGCAGCCAAAAACGUUGAGACUCCUGAAGCGAAGGAGGCUACAGCAGGAGAGGAGGAGGCUGAACGGAAUGAAGCGGAUGGAAAGUCAGGGGCCACUGGAACGGUCGAGGCAGCCAAAAACGUUGAGACACCCGAAGAAAAGGAGGCUUUUGGGGGGCAACAGCAAACGCAGUGCACGGCAAAAGAAGCCACUACCGAGUCAUUUCCUGAGUCGGCUCACAAGGCACUCAAAGUGAUGGGGCAGGGUGAGGCACAAGGCACGAAUUCAACAACCCUAAACCCCAAGGAAGGGGGGGUAAGUGGAGGAGGGGGAGGAAUUGGAGCAGGGGAAAUGCGUCCAGCUGAUACCGCCGCUUUGGUAACUUUGGUAACUCUUGCUGCUUCUGGGGCUGCACCGAGCACAGUUGCUUCUUCUUCUGGUGAAACAGCCAUUGCAGCUUGUGAGGCGCCUCAGAAACCGUCUCUGACUAAAGGUGCUACUGCUCCUCCAUUUCCAAGGCCUCGUCUCCCCUUUCCUCUCCAAAGCGAGCCGGCCACGAGGAAGCUGCGAGUGACAUCUGUGAGGUGGACCACUCUCUCUCCGAUCCAGGAGGAGGAGGGAUUGGGCACAGACUCUCACGAAUCAAAGCCCCAAGGUAGCGUGGAGCGAUCUGGCCUAGAUUCAGAGGAAUCAGAGUCUCAAGGCAGCGUGCAGCAGCAAGGCAGGCCUCAAGGCACUGCUGAUGAUGCUGCUGCUGCUGCUGCUCCUGCUACUCCUGUUGCUCCUGCUGUUCCCGCUGCUCCUGCUGCUGCUUCUGAUCCAUUCUCGCUGGCGACGUCGUGCAGUGGUGAUACUGAUUCUGUUGCUGGUGCGGCUGCUAUGCACAUGCCUGCACAUGCCAGCAUAGGCCAGAGACCGUUAUGCACGCCAGCUUGCUGA